AUGACCUCUGUACCCAGCUUCACCUCCUUCCCAGAGCUCAACCUUCCUCGGAAGCCGGGAAGGGCCGGUAGGGACAGGGAUGGUAUAGAAGCCGGUCCUUCGAGACACUCGUCCAGUCGUCGUCGUGCCAAGGACAGCGGUAAAAGGCGUCGGAGGGGUAGCUUGGAAGAUGGUCAAGAAGUCGAGGAUGGGCAGGAAAGUCGUCAUCAGAGUGAGUACAGGAGAAGGGAUAAAAAACGUCAGCGGGAAGAUGAAAAUGGUCUACAAUAUGAGCCAGCGACCGAACGGUCAAAGCAGCAGGACGAGAAUCGGCGAAAAAGUCACAGAGAUGAUAUCGAACGAGAUAGAAAUCAUAAGAGCGACAAGCAUCAAUUUCGGGAAGAGAGAGAUGGACAUGAGACACGUCAUAGAGAAGCGAAGAAAGAUAGGGGAUACAGAGAUGAGAUCAAGGAGAAAGAAGAGAAAGAACGUAAAAGGGAGAAAGAACGAGCCGAAGCUUUAGAUUUGAUAAGAGGUGAUGUCAAGGUUAAGGUGGUCAAACGGGAAGAAGAUGGGGUACCAUGGUAUGAAUCCGCUAGUGGUCAUGCGCGGCUUGAGCGAGUCCAUACUCAACACUCUUCUGAAUAUCAUGUGAGUUUACCCAGCUUUGAAGACAAUGAGGGUUUUGUUGAUGAACAGUCGAACGGGACGACUUCUUAUGUGGAUACCACAGGAGAUCGAGAUGCUUUACGAUACAAUUUAUCUUCUUCUCAUAAUCCACCAAGAUACAAGAGAGAUGGUGGUGGAAAGGUAUUAGGAUUGAACGAAGGUAUUCGGAUUGUCUUUUCCAAAGAUCGGUCCGAGAAGGGUGUUGAGAUAUCUCCACUUGGUAGACCUUACAUACCUCGAUAUACAAAGCAUUCCGUCGAAGAGAAUCAAGGAAGAUUCUUCUUACUCCCUUCCACGGAAAACUCUUUUGAUCAUACUGCAAACUUCAUACUCGUUUCUGCACCUCGACAAAGUGAUGACUCUGAUAUACCCGCUUACCGGGCUAUCACCCGACAACCUAACGAGGGAGACGAUACGGAGCUUAUCGACAAAGAGCUUGAGGGACUAUCGACAAAAGAAGAUCAGAUUCGACAACGUAUCAUCGAAACAGAACGUCAUCUUGCCGAUCAUCCAGAAGAUAUCAAAGCUUGGAUAAGAUAUUCCACACUUCGACAUGGUACAACACAAAACAAACAUUCCAAUUCUGAUCCAGUGGAUAUUUCUCAAUUACCCAUCACUCGAGCUAAUGCGGAAAUCACACUUUCCAUCUUGGACAAAGCUCUCGAUGCUCAUCCCAAUAACAUGCGUUCGACUGAACUUCAUAUCGCGUAUCUUCGCGCGGCAGAAGUAUUCUGGUCACCUGCUCAAAUUACUGAGCGAUGGAAGAAUGUCAUUCGAGCUUUAGGAGAGGCGAACGAGCAAAUGGAAGAAGGGUCAGAUGUGGAUAUGAUGAUGUUAUGGUUAGGGUAUAUCGAUUGGAGAGAAGGUCAGGGAUUCUCGAAAGAUGAUUCUGGGGAAAGAGGAGGGGUGGAUGAGGUGAUUGAGGUUUUUAUCGAAUGUCUUGAGUAUCUUAGAUUUGAGUGGUGGACUUGUCUUUUUCUCAAGCUAUCAGGGUAUACAGAAAGGGCAACUGCUAUAUUCCAGGCAAUGAUGGAAAUCACCUUCUUCAAGCCGGAUUAUCUCCGACCUUCUUUCGACGCUGAUCUGACCUGGUUCCGACGCUUGUCCUCGGAAUUCGAGACUUUUUGGGAUACCGAAGCUCCUCGGAUUGGCGAACCCGGUGCCGUCGGUUGGCGCAACACUUCAAGUGGAAUAGCACCACCAAGCACCAACACAUUUCCUUCGCAGUCGCAAUCGUCAGACUCUCUGGAAAGAUGGCUAGAAGCUGAACGACAAGCUGAAUCGGUCUUUUCACUCCCUGGUCGCGCUUCUAACCUCGACGACGAAGAAGAUCCCUUCCGAGUUGUAUUGUUCUCUGACAUUCAACCUUUCCUCACAUUCAUCCGGACGCCUUCUGCUCGUUUACAACUCAUUUACGCUUAUCUCUCUUUUCUAGGUCUACCUUUCACCCCUUCUGAUGUCCCAUCAAGUGCACCGUCAAACCUCGAUCCUAAACUCAACUGGAGCAUUCUGCACAAUGACGCCCUUCGGACUUCUUUUUGGCCACCACGUCAAACCAACAUUCGUCGAUUACCAUGGCAAACUGUGGGAGGAGAACCUAUGGAACCUGAAACCCGAUCUCCUCUCGAAAUUCCCUUUCCGUGUCCUGUGAGAUGUUGGACACAAGGUAGAGAAACAAUGUUCGCUCCUACACACGACUGGUUCCGUAUCCUCGACAACUCUGGCGUACAACAUAUCAACUUUGAAGUUGCCAAAAGAACAAUGGAACUGUUGCGUCCUCAGAUUCCUGACCCUUCUUUCACACAAGCCAUGUUUGCUUUGGAAGCUGCUAUCUCACCGAAGAGUGCUGUCAAAACCGCCAAGAAUGUUUUAUCCCAAGAUAGAGACAAUCUCAUGUUAUGGGACGGUUAUGCUCGAUUGGAAUAUCAACGUGGUAAUCUUCCUUCUGCUCGAUCAGUCUACAUCACAGCAUUGCGAGCGGCUUUACAGAGAACGGGCGAGGUCGAUCAAGAUGACGUGCUUGAUCUAUGGGCAAGCUGGGCAGAGUUGGAAUUCGAUUCUAAUUGCAAGGAGAGAUGCCUACAUGUGAUUUGUAUGUCGGUAAAUCCCAACGAUGAAGUCUUGGCCAGUUAUGCCCGAUCUUCCGAUACAUCAAUAUCUGCACCAUCAUCUAUCAAUAUGCUCAAAACUCGUCAGUAUCUUUCGUCUUACAGUCCAUCCUCUCAAUCUCAUCUGAUCCUUUCAACUCUGUUCGCUUAUCACACCGACGGAAUCGACAAUGUCAUCAAGAUUGUUAUGCAAUACAUGGAAACGCUCCCUCAAGGCGGAGCGGAAGUCGAAAGCGCUGUACAAUUUUUAUGUAAAAUUCUUCACGUCCAUCGUUCUCGUUUACCAACCCCAGCAUCUGUGCUUAGGGAUAUAUUGGAAAACGCCAUCGUGAUGUUUCCCAACAACACACAGUUUCUCUCGCUUUAUCUGUAUGGUGAGAUGGGAGGAAGAGUCUAUGGGAGGGUUCAAAACCUGAUAGGACAAAUGCUCACUUCGAACGAAAGUGUGAUUGGAUAUUUGUGGGCAGUUUGGGCGGAAGGAAUAUUAGGCAGCAGAACUCUCUGGGAUAAAGGAGGUGGUGAGAGAGUUAGGUUGGUACUUGACAAGGCUGUCAAUUCGCAAGUGGGAAGACAUUGCGUAGCUUUGUGGAGGUUAUACAUUGACUUCGAGGCUUUAAAAGGUCGCGGUAGCAACGCAAAGUCAUUGUGUACCCGAGCGGUAGCUAUCAAUGGGGGCUGCAAAGAACUCUACCUCUUACCCUUCUCCCCACUCCUACGUCCUCUAUUCACCACCCGUGAGCUGAAACAAUGGGCGGAACUCAUGGUCGAGCGAGGGAUCAGAGUACGUAUCCCCCCCGAGGAGUAUUGGGAACAAGAUGAAUCGGAAAUGGAUAUGUUACCGGAGGAUGAGGAAUUGCAAGAUGAUGAGUUGGGUUUUUUGAGGGAAAGACAAGAGUUGAAACCUUAUUGA